AUGGGCCGUUUUGACCACAAGCACAAGAAGUCUCGUCUGCCCACCCGAGAGGGCGCCGCAGCGCGCCCAUCUCUUCGUAGCCUCAUAUCGGCACCAGUCGGACCAAUUCAUCGCAGUAACGGCCAAGAUCUCCAGCGGGGCGAGGGGUUCUCCAUCGUCCCCUCGAUCGACUCCUGUGCCGGCUCUAACCCCAACAACCCAACCGUAGGUGAACAGAGAAAAGAGCAUCUUGAUAUGGCCGACGCCCGAAGCAACAACAAUGGCUGGAUCAUGGAAGACGGUGUCGGCAAGACUCGGCUUGGCAUUCCGACCAGCUCCCCGGCACCUAUGGCAAGACGGCUUUCUGCAAGCUACAGGGGUGGCCGGCCGCCUGUUGGAAACCCUGUUACUGCCAGCGAGAACAAGAUGACAACUCGUGGCACCCUCGCCAUGUCACGAACGACUAUUGGUUCGAAUGCAUCGGCAACCAAGUUCCAACCCACGCUCAAGGUCGGCGAGGCAGAACGUGCCAGCCUGGGCAGCAUGAAACCAUUGCCCGAACUGCCAGCUGUGAAGCAUUCCAAGGGCAGACUGAACUUGUUCACCGGAAAGAAGAGCAACUUCAACUUUCAGUCUUAG